AUGCAAGUAGCUAAUCGAACAUCUCGACGUUAUGUUACACCAUCUAUGAAAAACCAAACGGGAAAUAUUCGUUCGACAAGCAAAAAACGUUCUAAUAUUCCAUCAGUAUCUCAAUCUUCACCAAAAAAAGUUCUUGAUAUAUCAGCAUCAAAAUCAAACGAACCACCAACAUUAAAAAAACUUGUUGAUCGUUUUCGUUAUGAUGAACCUCAAGCUCGACCAGAACGAGAUUCAAUUAAUUCUGAUUUUUGGUGGUUACAUGAUGAACUAAAAAAAAAUUGUUGUUCGACUGCUAAUGAAAACCAUGAACAUAAAUCAAAUAUUCCAGAAUUUAUUGAAAUAUUUCCUUCGACAGAUAUCGAUCAAGAUUUAAAUAAACGAGCAUCUUUACUUCUUAAUCAAACGUUUAGUGCACAUUCAUCUGAUGUAGGUCAUGUAUCAAGUACAGGUAUUGGCUCGACUCCAUCAUCAACAUUGACAAAAACAACAUCAACAACAAGUACUUUUCAACCUGUUAUUUAUGAACAACCAGCUCGACCAAUAUUUACGCGAAUUACAGAUCCAAAGCUUAAUUUUAUUGAUGAUGGUAGUGAAGAUGAUAUUUUAUAUAAAUGGCGUUUACGUAGACGCUUAGAACAAGCACAAAAUGGUGAACCUAUAACAUUUCCAUCGAAAAUAACCAAUCGAAUUCAUGUAUCUCCAACACGUUCAUUUUUACCUUCAACACCUAUUGAAAUACCAGCAAUACUUCCACGACGUCCACCGUCUCCUCCAGUUAUUAAACAAUCAUCAAUGACAAAUAUCGAAACAGAACAUACAAAACAACCUGUUACAACUUCAGUACCGAUCCGACAAUAUUCAGAAGCAUGUACACAAACCUUACAAGAUGCCAGUAUUCAAACAUCGUUCACUGUUGAAAAUCAUCUUUCUUCCUCAAGUUUAGUUCCGAAUGAAGCUGAUCUUCGUCCAACACGUGAUAAUGAUCAUCAUUCAUCUAUUUGGCAUCGUCCACCACCACGAUCAAAUUGUGAAAUAACACGAACAUCAUCAUCACCAUCACCGAUUAAACGUCAUCAUCAUCAUUCAUUUCGUCCAGUUGUUGUUACGGGACAUCAAACAACAAAUAAUACGUGUCAUCAUCAAAGAUCAAUUAUAAAUCCUUCAAAUACUGUUCAAUCUUCACAAGAUAGUACAUUAACACAAGUUACAUCGAUUAUGAUUAAUGAUAAUAAUAAUACGGAUAAUCAUUAUGAGAUUAAAAAUAAUACAAGUAUUGGUAUAAUCGAUGAAUUUCAUGAACAACGACAAAAUAAUGAUGAUGAUCAUAUUGAUGAUUUGAAUGAUGAAAUAUUGAAUAUAUUAAUACAAAAACGAGACGAACUACUCAUAGCAUUUCGGUGA